CCCACCAUGAGUACCCAACGUGGCAAUGCAUCACGUACCCGUGCACAGAAACAUAAAAAUCGUACAGUAUUUAAAAAUGAUUUGCACGACAAAACACCGCUACAGAAACGUCUCAAUUCCCUGCACAUCUCCGAAGUAUGCCAGCAUUGUAAAGGUGUUAUCGAAUGGAAGAUAAAAUAUAAGAAAUAUAAGCCCUUAACUCAACCCAAGACAUGUACAAAAUGUCAGCAGAAAAAAAUUCGUAAGGCCUAUCAUGUACUGUGUCGUGACUGUGCUCUGGACGCGAAAGUCUGUGCAAAAUGCCUAAAGAGUGCCGAAGAAGUUGAGAUUGAACCACCACAACCAACACCUGAGGAGGAACUCAAAUUGAAGGUGGAAAUGGAACGUCUAAUUAAAUCAUUUCCGGAACGAAAACGGCGAGCAUUCUUGCGUUAUAUGGAGAAGGGUAAAAAAGAACCACUCGAAGAGGGUGAGGAGGACAAUCAAAAUAAUAAGGAAGCUGAAGAGAAUGGUCAGGAUGAAAAUGGUGAUGAGGAGACGAAACCUAAAGCUAAACCAAGAAUACCUCAUACUAGGGAUGAACUGCUGCAGAAAAUCGAACAACUUAAACUUAAAGACAAUGAUGAUCAUGAAUUUGAUUUCGAUUCCGAUGAGGAGGACUACAGCAGUGAUGAUUACGGUGAUGAUGAUGACGACGAUGAAGAUGAUUAUUCUAGCGAUGAGAAAUAA